AUGCGACGUCACACCUGCUUGCCGGGCCGUACGACGCCAGAGCGCGUUUGCCCUGCCCCGGUCAGGCCUUAUCUCUUUGCCCGGCUGGCUGUCUGUGCGUGUGUCCUUGCGUUUUCGAGGCGCGCUCCUUUAUGCCUCUUCCGUCCGCGGCCCUCUGCGCACGGUCGACCAGCCCCAGCCAAACUCGCCCUCUCCAUCCGGCCCGUCGGCUCGGCUCCGCUCCUCUGCUUUAACCUCACUCUCUCGCUUUCUCGCUCUCUACCGCUCUCUCUCUCUCGCUCUGUCGCACUCUUUCUCUCGCUCACGCCUAAUUAUGCCGGUCAAGACUUUGACUUGUUGAGGUCUUUAUUCGGUAGAGCCUUGUCGCUCUACACGCACACACCAACAUACAUACACACAUACACACACAGACACACAUGCCUUCCUACGCUCUCUCUCUCCGCUCGCUUCACACUCCUCUUCCGUCUGUCUUCUCCGAGCCUCAAUUUAGAGAAUAUACUUUUGUUUGUUGCGCCAGGUGGACUCGUUUUACCAUUGGCCUCACUUCAGGCAGACUUCGAGCCGUUGCGAUGGCAAAGAUAA